CCACAGAGAGUCGGAAGACAAAUACAUGUAAAUUCAGUAUCUUAAACCCUAAUUAAUCUCCUCUAAAACCAGCAACAUCUAUAUAUAUAUAUAUUUGAACCCGACCGAGCAGAGUAGCAGUAGGAGAAGUAACGCCGAUUCACAGCUUACGUAGUAGUCGGAGCGGAGCCAUGGUGAUCAUGCCCACCAGUUACUUGUCCGAAGAUUUGCUUAGAGACAUUCUCUUGAGGCUACCGGUGAAGCCGCUUGUUCGAUUCAGGUCAGUAAGCAAAUCCUGGUCUGCGUUACUGAAAAGUCGAGAUUUUACGACCACCCAUCUGAGCCGCUCAGCCAAUCAUGGCUGUCACCUACUUGUUAACAGUGAAGGAGCUGAAAACCACACCAUGUCCUUGAUAUCGAGCGAAGCACUCGAUGUGGCGGCCAAGAUAGAAAAUCCUGAAAAAGGAAAAGUUAGAUUAAUAAUGGUGGGUUCUUGUAACGGUUUAGUCUGUUUAUAUCAGAAUUACUGGUUGAUUCGCUUAUGGAAUCCUGCUACUAGAGAACACAAGAUUCUGCCAACACCUCGCAUCACCCCCACAUUCCCGAGCACGUCGAGUCCUAGGUUCUCCAUAGGAUUUGGUUGCCAUCUUAAUGACUACAAGUUGGUGAGGAUUGUGUAUUCUAAACACCCGGAUGAACGUCAAGUUGAGGUGUACUCGACGAGUAUAGGUUGUUGGAGAUCGAUCGAUGCCAUUGUGCCCUGUUUUAUCGAGCAGCGUAUGUGUUCGGUAAUCCUGAAAGGAGUGCCAUAUUGGCUGGGUUUUGGACCGUUUUGGGAAGACACAAGGUUUGGACAAGGGGAGCCGCGUAGGGAUGAGUUUGUCGUGUCUUUUGACAUGGGCAAGGAGGUGUUUCGGCAGGUGCAUGUCCCAUAUGCUGAAGGUUCUUACUCCGACUACAGCAAGAAGCUCGGGGUAUUGAACGAAUCCCUGGCCAUAAUCUACUAUCCUUGCCGUGAACAAGUCAGCAAUUUCAUUGAUUUCUGGGUGAUGACCAAAGAUCAUGGGGUUGACGAGUGUUGGAUCAAAGCACAGAGGAUUGGACCCUUUUCAAGUAUUGGGAUCCCGCUUGGGUUUUGGAAAGAUGGGGUGGUCGUUUGUGAGAACGGUGACGAGGAGUUGUUACUGUAUGACCCAAAUAUCAAAGCAGUAAAAAAACUUUCAACUUAUGGGGCUGAUCAUGGGAAGUUAAUUUCUACCAACGUUUCUACUUACAUGGAGAGCCUUGUUCCUGUGAACGGAUGAAGCAGACAACUAUAAUAGUGGUAAAAGCACAGUUUAUAUAGCUGUAGUGGGAUUAUGUGGUGGGUUUCACUCGAUCUGUUUUUUACUGGAUAAACAGAUAUGAAGAAAUCCCUUUAUGUAUAUAUGCUUUUGUACUGAGACAAAUGUAUUCAAUAUAAAGUUGAAACUUCAUAUAUUUUGGA